CUGAUCGUACUACUUUUGACGUGGAGGAGGACGGACACAUCAAAAGUUCUUAGAUCAUUUAGAUGUGCAGUUGUCAUUCUAAUCUAUCACUAUAAAGAAGAAAAAGAUCUGUAGUAGAUUACCUUUACCGCAAUUCUUCAUCAAAAGUAAUCUUCAUGUCCUCUUUUUGCCACAGUCAGCAGAGAUGUUGAUCCAUCUUUUUGCCACAGUCGUGGUCGUAUACCAAGAGGGCGCUUCUUUUUGGUGCGGCAUUCUUCUUGCGGCAGCUGGGAUCUUAGUUUUCGAGGAGAUGAAGAGUAAGACCACGAGGAAGACUAUCGUGGAGGUAGAGCAAGAGGAAGAUGAGGACGACUCCGGUGGAACACAUCUUCAGGAACAAGCAGCUUCUUCCUCGGAAAUAGCGCUCUUCGUUCUUUGCAUAGCAGGAACAGCACCAAGCGAGGACGCAUUUUGGCUGAGUAGUUUCGCGCAAGGUAUUACGGUUGCGCUUUUGGUUCCAUCGAUGUGGAAUGGGCAUCGUCAUGGGGCCCUAGAAAAUAGAAGAGAACACGACAACAUCAGAGGGUGGAGGAGUCAUUUGUACCUGCUGUGGCUGUUGCCGGCAAUUGUGUACAAAUUUUUUUCUAUAAUGUAAAUAGUUUGGAUUGAUCACGAUCGAUGUCCUCUGUAAUAUUUCUCAGUCAAAAAUCUUGAUCUUGUUCAUCAUGAUGUUCAGUCGUCUUCUUUUUUACAGGAGUCGCUAUGACACUCACCUCACCUUUCUCACCAAUCAGGUUCGGAAAAUUCCUUUCCACCCUCAUCGCCUUGGACGCACAAGCUCGCUUUCCUUUCUCUGCCCUACGGACUUUUUUUUUGAUUUCGCAGGCCGUAUUCCUCUUACUUAGGACGAGGAAGGGCGACUGUGCACCUCCAUCGCUACAGAAAAACGCAGAGGGUCACUAUGCACAUCAGCGCAAUCCACUCGAAGAGUUUCUAUCGUUCGACGCAGACAUGGAUAAAGAUGCUGUCGAGUGGUCAGAGAUUUCACCAAUUCACGCGUUGCUAGAUGAAGAUUCUUCAUCUGGGUCUAAUACAAGCGGAAACUCCUGCUGCGGUAGACCACAAACACCAGAAAACUACAAGCAGAUGAGAGACGGGUUGAAGAUGGUCGUGACUACACCAUCCUUAAGUACAACAAGCAAUAGUAACACUUCAACUUCUACUGCUCUUACUUUCUCUACGACUAAAAAGAAGAUCUCUUCACCUGCGCCUGCACUUCCGAAGUUAGAAGUAAAAUAUCGAAAUGGCCUCGUCCAUAUUCGAGACGCUGUGCAAGUCGUUCAUCUCCCUGACCAUGAUCCCGACGAAGAUGAGGUCAAUAAAUCUCCCUACGUUGUUGAGGAGCAAGACGAGAUAAGCACACAUGACGGCAGCCAGAUGGAGGACUUGGAGUCUGUAGAUACGAAUAAUGUAGGAGCGCCGCCUGUGGAUGUGGAUCUGGAUGAUUUUCUCUAUAAUGAAGAAUCGGCAUCUUCGGACGAAGAUGUAGGAGGACGCGAUGAAACUGAAGAAAGUCGCCCCCUCCAACAUCGAGUUCUAGAGGCUGAGUCUAGUAACGCAGGAGCAAGAGGAGCGAUUGAAGCUUUUCCUCAUCGGUUUCGUGCUGAGACCACGUCUGUCGCGAAUGCUGUGGAAACAUUCACAAUCGGAUUAGCAUUUAUCGUUCUCGGCCUUCUUGAAGGUGUCCCUAUGCAUGGAAACGUAAACGUCGCAACGUCUGGCGUCGAACUAUGCUCCGUUUUGUUUCUUGUACCGAUGGCGAUUCAGAUUAUGCUGAGGAGGAAGCUUGCUGCUGGUGGUGGUAGCGUGGCUCUACAAGGAGAAGCGGCAGCCGAAGUCUUCAUGAAGGAUGAGAAUCAAGUUGAUCGGGAUUUGUUGGGCUUUCGAGUAAAUGCAGCAAUUUUGUUGAGGUGUGUUUUUGUCUCCUCAUUAGUCAUAGCGUGUUGCGUUCUCAAAAUUUUCGCAGUUUUGGAUCAGAACAAUGCAAGUAGUCUGCUGAUUGUGGCUAUUGGUUGUAUAACUGCAUUUUCUAAAGUCGUUUUAUUGUUCUACCAAGUAGUGUUAGAAGGCGAAGAAGUUGUUAUUCUGCUACCAAAAAGCGUUUCUGAAAGGAGAAACUACCAUUUAUGUGCUACUUAUCAUGUCGCUCUUCUUUGGUGUGCAGGACAGCUGAUAGGAAGCACCUGUUAUUCAUCACAACUCGUUUCACUUCUAGUUUUGAAAUGAUACUCAGCAUGUUGUAUCAAGUAAGUACAAGAAAUACAUACUCGUCAUCAUUCCUCAUUCCUAUGUAUAGAUACAAUAGCCUUUGCGCUCAUAAACACAUGAACGACGUUUAUCAACCUCUGUCGGUCCCUGUGGCAUACGUUCCUACUUGUUCCACAAAUCUAAUCUCUGUCAUCAAGAUUGAUUGCAUCCCAUUUCAAUUCCAGUCUGCACAACGUGGCUUAGAGGCAGACUCAAU